CGAUCCAUGCUCUGCACCGUGCCACCACCUCCUCGACCCGGGCCAAUCGAACUAGAACAAGCGAGCAGAGUGGUCUGGUCGGGUGGCCGAUAUGGGGCGAGGCAGGGCACCGUGCUGCGCCAAGGUCGGGCUGAACAGGGGCUCCUGGACGCCGCAGGAGGACAUGCGCCUCAUCGCCUACAUCCAGAAGCACGGGCACGCCAACUGGCGCGCCCUCCCGAGGCAGGCCGGCCUGCUGCGCUGCGGGAAGAGCUGCCGGCUCCGGUGGAUCAACUACCUGCGCCCCGACCUCAGGCGCGGCAACUUCACCGCCGAGGAGGAGGCCACCGUCAUCAAGCUGCACGCCUUGCUCGGCAACAAAUGGUCCAAGAUCGCGGCGUGCCUGCCCGGGAGGACGGACAACGAGAUCAAGAACGUCUGGAACACGCACCUGAAGAAGAAGGCGUCGGAGCAGAAGCCAGGCGUUGGCGAGAGCAAGGGCGAGGCGGCCGACGGAGACCCUGACACGCCCGCCCCUUCGUUGUCUUCGGCGUCCUCAUCGAUGACGACCAGCGACGGGUCCAACGGCGGCGCCGGGGAGCAGUGCGGCACGAGCAACGAGCCCGAAACGAUAAACGUACCAUCGCCUCUCGAGCUGGAGCUGGAGCCAGUCAUGGACAUCCUGGACAUGCUGGCCGACGAGCCCACGGAGGCGUUCGCGACGGCGGCGCCAAUGCCAACGUCUUCGUGCUCGUCGUCCUCCCUCACGACGUGCGCCGGGGGCGGCGGCGGUGUGGAGGAGCUGCUCGAGCUGCCGGACAUCGACAUGGACGCUGACAUCUGGAGCAUCAUCGAUGACGAUGUCGCGCGCCUACAACAAGGCGAUGCAACAGUGCCAUGUACGACCAAGGAGGGAAGCGAGUGGUGGUUGGAGGAUUUGGAGAAGGAACUCGGCCUGUGGGGCCCCGCGGAGGAAUCCCAGCCCCAGGCGGGCCCACUCGACCAGAUAGGCUACCCGGGCCAACUCUACGAAACGGAGGGGGACAUGGUGAUGGUAUCCUCCUGCCCGCCGUCCAGAUCCGAUCAUGAGGCGUCCAAUUCUGAAUAGAAGGUUGAGAUCCACGGUGGUCCCAUCGGAUGCACGAGAUCAAACAUUACAACUUGGAGAAGUUUUUAACGAAACGUUUGAGUUGCUUAUUUGGUUUCAUUGUUUGAGUAAAAUUCAAAGUAAAAGGGGCGGGUCGGUUAGAAUGCACAUACAAAUUGGAGGAAUGAAAAGUUAGGUCAAUACAAGGCCAAGUAGCACGAGUAUCUCUACUAUCUAACAGUUUUUAACCAAAUGUACCAUGGCAUGUACUAUGCAACAGCACUCCACGGAUCAACAGCCAGUGAGAAGUGCUAUGCAAACAUGCGUACGGAUGCAGUAUGUCAUUUGGUUAAUUUUGUACUAGUUCUUAAUAAAAAAAUCGCGACUAAUUUGUACUGUACCAUGCACAUAUACUGCACAGCGUCAUGGUGACGCAAGAGCUGGAUCAUCCGAU